AUGCUCUGCCCUCAGGGCUCCAUGGUCCCAGGGGAGGCCGAGGUGUCCCUCCUCGAAGCAGGGAGCUCUGUCUGCACGGAGGCUCCACCUGGCAGUCACCUGUGUGCGGCACCCAGCAAAUGCCCGACGGCCAACACAGACCCCGCCUGCCUGGUGGGGGAGCCCGUGGGCCUGGCUUCUGCCAUCUCCCUAAACUCGGGCCACUGGUCCCAGCAGAGUCAUGCCAAGGGUCCAGAGGAGCCUGGCAGGCCCUGUCCCGAAGAGCGGGGUAGUGGGCACCUCACCGACACCCAGCAGGAGUCCCUGUCUCUUGAGUCGCCGACGGUACGCCCCACCCACGACAUCAGGCCGAUGGCCACCAUCCCUUUAGGGCCCUUCUGUUUGGGAGCAAGACCCCAGGGCACGGAGCUGUCGAAUGUGGAACUGGCCGGCCGAGCCCUGAAGUACGGGUUCUUGCUGCAGCCGGGCCGGCAGGUGGAGGCACCGGCACUGGCCCUCCUGCGGCACCGGGCGGAGCUGGAGGUCUGGGAGACGCAGGUGGCCUUGGACACGCUGGUCUUCAAACGCCGACUGCAGGUCAGCUGGGCUGCUCCCUGGGCUCUCAUGAGCACGCCCUCCCUGUCCACGGCCCUUCCACACUGGUGGUGGCUCCAUGACAGCCUUGGUCAGGCCCAGGCAGCGUGGACCGACUGUGAGCGCGGGCCCAGCACGUCGGGCGGUUUGCAGUUGAUGGAGGGACACUCAGCUCAGGCCAGGCCAGAGGUGACUUCGAAGCCAGAGCAGCUGCAGAUCUGUGGGGACCCAGAGCUGACGACAGCCAAUCCCAGACCAGACUUAUCGACAGCCAGAGACACUGCUGUGGCCUCCCAGGACCCCGAGGAAGGACCAGAGGAUCGGGCCGGCAAGCUGGCCUCUGAAGCCGUGGUCUCCUUGGACUCUUGGCUCUACCUCCUCUACCGGGAGGGACGGCAGGCUCUGCUCAGUUCCCCUCGCCGCGCUGCCGCUGGAAACCCCUCAGUCAGCUGCGGGGACUGGAGGACGCGCCUCUUCUGUCUCCGUCUCCGCAUCACUGCCCAGGUGUUGGAACAGAGUGUGCGGGAGGAGGAGCUGCGCGCACAGCACCAGGCCGCGCUGCUGCGCCUGCGCGAGAUGGCCCUCGAGGAGAAGACUCGCGCCGAGCUGGCCUGGCUGGAGCAUCAGCGAGGGUGUCUAGGCAGCCGGGGGGACAAAGCGGCACUGGCCGCCCUGGCGGAGAAGCGGCAGCGAGCCCUCAGCGAGCUGGAGAAGGAGCAGAGGGAGCUCCGAGCCCUGCGGAGCGUCCACCUGGCCGCACACCUGGACAGGAAGCUGUCCCCGUGGCAGAAGGACCCCCUCUCCUCGCAGACGUGCCUGAGGGAGGGGCUGCGGCAGAGCUCCAGCCCCGCAGUCAAGGCCACCCGGGACGCAGGCUCUGAGACAAGCCAGCAGCAACAGGGGCGGGCGCAGGACUCCCUGUGCCCCCUGGCCACACGCAGGCCCGGCAGCAGCCCUGGCCAUCACCCCCCGAGACGCCCCGCAAUCACACAAUGGGGGCAGGGUGUCAGCCCCGCUGGGCUGCUGUGGGCCGUGGGGGUCGCAGCAGCUGCCCCUGGCUGUGCCAUGAGGUUACGGGGACAGGGCUCACCCAGCGUUGUGCUCAGGGCUGGCUCCCUGGGAGGGGCGGCCAUCCACUCCACCCUGCCUUGCAGCCUUUCAACCGAGCAGCAGCCUGCGGCAGCCCCACUGGCAGCUCCAGAGACAGACAGUCACUUACAGCCCCAGGGGCCAGCACUGAGAGAGGACACACCUGAUGCCCGGGGCCAGCUGCUGGAGAGCAGUAGCCAAGAGCCCAGGAAGCAGCCUUGUGCCCCUGUGCUGGGCCUUCCCUGCGGGAGUGAGAGAGUCGAGGAUGUCAGACAUCCGCGGGCCCCGGCCUUCCCGGUGGUCCCUAUGCUGCAUAGCCUUUUCCCCGAGUCUGGGGGGCUCUCUGAGGAUGCAGAGGGGUGCAGCCCCGCAGCACAGCUUAGGCCACUGGAGAUGAAGGAGCUGUCCCCAGAAGACCCUCGGGCUAAGCCCAGCCCCCCCUCAGCAGAGAAGCCCCGGGCUCCCGCGGAACGCCUCACAAAGAACUUCCCGGGAUGGAGCAGGCGCCCUCUGUGCAGCGAGGACCCUUGUGGCCCCGGGGGAGCCAGCGUCGGAAGCAACUCCAGCCCAGAGGGGCCAGAAUUGGGGCUGGAUUUUGCCGGGAGCCCUGUGGGGAAGCCCCGCACAACAGAGAGCUGGCAGCCAGGGGAGCAGAGGAGCGAGGCCUGGUGGCAGGAGGAGGAAUGUGGAGACCCCGUCUCCGGGCUGGAAGACGCCCGUCUGGCUGCCUCUCCAGUUCCAGUGGCCCCUGAGGAGGAGACGCCCACCGCCCAGUGCCAGGGCAGCCCCCUGCCCAGGCCUGCUCUCCCUGUGGACCUGGGCCCUGAGACUGCUCCCGGAACCCAUGUAGGAUCACCAGAAGCUCAGGCCCUGCCCCACACCUCGGUAACAGGCACUGCGAGUGGCCUGGCCUGGCCUUCUCCCCGAGAGUUUCAGAAAGCCACCGCCACCCUGGUGCAGCUGUCUGAGAGCUCCACAUCCCUGUCCAGCUGGGAGGCUGAUGACACCCCAGACGCAGACCUUGGCUGGCCCGGAGAGGUCUCUGCAGGCCACUCCCAGGAGGACACUGGCCUGCCGUUACCCUGCGGGCUCCCCCAGGGUGGGCUGCCCCUGGGUGGUGGUUCUGUGACCUGCCAUAAGCCAGAGGACAGUGGGAAGAGCCCCCCUGUGGAGGCGGCAGGGUCAGGAGGCAUGGAGCCAGAACAAAGCGCCCCAUGUACGCCGGCCACCCCCUCCCCAAGGCUGGGGUCAGAGCUCUCAGAGUGCUCUUGCAAAGUGUGGGACGAGGACAGUGAGGACAGCCUGUCACAGCCUGGCGCUGGUGCCGGGCCAGCCCCAGGGAGUGAGCUUGACAGCCAGGGGGAGGCCCACGUGCCUCUUCCCUUCCUGGGCCCUGGGGAGGGGCUGGAAGCUUCUGGAACCAGCAAUAGUGAGAUCUGGGGAUCAAAUACAGGAAACAGCUAGUGGGUGUCCCCUGAGGCAGACUCCUUGG